AUGUUGCUCGCAGGCCAGCGCAUCGUCGUGUUUGGAGGUCAUUAUUUCGGUGGCGAAGGAACUUUUGUCUAUCUAAACGACACCCACGUCCUCGACUUGGAGACAUCCACAUGGUGCCAAGUCAAGUGUGAAGGCAAAGCACCAGCCCCCCGGUACAACCACACGGCCACCUUGAUCGGCACCAAGAUGUUUGUGUUUGGAGGCAAAGGAGCCAAGGACGCGCUGUACCGUGACAUGUUUUACUUGGAUCUCGAAACGUGGCAUUGGUUUAGCGUGAAUUGGACGACGGAAUCCCCGUCUGAGCGGUUUGGCCACGCCGAUCUGGCAGUCGGCAACAAACUCGUCAUCUUUGGAGGAUGGGAUGGCACAAACAAAACGUUCAAGGACCUGUGGGUAUUUGACACGGAAUCGUUUGCAUGGAUCAAGCCAAAGGUGACUGGAACGCCGCCCACCCCCCGCCAUGGCCACACCAUGGUGCUCCUCGAAGACGGACGGAUUCUUGUAUUUGGAGGGUACGUUGACACACACUACUUUAACGACGUGUACACGUUGGACACAGAAACCAUGGUGUGGACUCGGCCCCGCACGACUGGCGAUUUUCCCGUCGGGACGUUCGGACAUACGGCGACAGUAGUCGACGGAUGCAAACUGUACGUGGUCGGAGGCUGGUCCGGAACGGAACGCAGUCCAAUCUACUUGGGUGACAAGGCGCUUCAAGAAACAGCCAAGGCCCUUGCUCGUGAGCAGCGCCUGCAAAGUGGGUCCGACGUCAGCGUCAAGACGUUCAAAGCUGACUUGGCCAAGUCCAAGUAUGUUCACGUAUUUGAUUGCGUUGCGAUGGAGUGGUCGUCCCCACUGGGCACGGGAGUGCCUGUGCCAAAUCGUUACGGACACACUUGCACCGUGGUGGGUCCCCACUUGUUUAUGUUUGGCGGAUGGGACGGCAACCGGGCACUGCAUCAACUUGUCGUGGCCGGUUUGCCCAGCAGUGGCUCGUAG